AUGCAUAUAAUUUUGUCUGACAAAAUCUUAGCUAGUAUCUACUUCAAAUCUUUUUGCCUUUAAAAAUCUGUCGUGUAAGUUUUGUCUUACGUAUCUUCAGAGGUGCUUGAAUUGGAAUCUUAAAUAUAAUCUAAUUUAGCCAAAGACAAAGAUAAGAGUAGAAGGAAGAAUUUUUUUUUUUAUAUUACAGUAGGUUUAACAAAGAAAAAUGACUCUCCUGAUUCUUUUAUUUCUCGGAAACUAUGUAUUUAUUUUGGGAGGCUGGCCAAAGGCUGAUGAUGGGAGGAGAAAGGUGGAUACCUCCGUGUAUGCCCUCUCAUCGCCGUCAGGCGAAGAGGCAGUCAUGGCCAGUGGCGCAGCCGACAGUGCCAACAACCUGCCCUUCUUUUUUGGCAACAUCACCCGAGAGGAAGCAGAAGAUUACCUGGUGCAGGGAGGCAUGAGCGACGGGCUCUACCUGCUGCGCCAAAGCCGCAAUUACCUGGGAGGGUUUGCCCUGUCCGUGGCCUAUGGGAGGAAGGCACACCACUACACCAUUGAGCGUGAGCUGAACGGGACCUACGCCAUCUCAGGUGGCAGGGCCCAUGCCAGCCCCGCUGAACUCUGCCUCUACCACACCCAGGAGUCUGACGGCCUUGUCUGCCUCCUCAAGAAGUCUUUCAACCGACCCGCUGGGGUGCAGCCCAAGAGCGGACCCUUUGAAGACUUGAAGGAAAACCUUAUUAGGGAGUAUGUGAAACAGACCUGGAAUCUGCAGGGUCAAGCUUUGGAGCAAGCCAUCAUCAGUCAGAAGCCACAGCUGGAGAAGCUCAUUGCCACCACUGCCCAUGAAAAAAUGCCCUGGUUCCAUGGAAAAAUCAGCCGGGAUGAGUCUGAGCAGAUUGUCCUAAUAGGAUCAAAGACAAACGGAAAAUUUUUGAUUCGUGCCCGAGACAACAAUGGGUCCUAUGCCCUCUGUCUGCUGCAUGAGGGGAAGGUGCUACACUAUCGCAUCGAUAAAGACAAAACCGGGAAACUGUCCAUCCCCGAAGGAAAGAAGUUCGACACACUUUGGCAGCUAGUGGAGCAUUAUUCUUAUAAAGCAGAUGGUUUGUUACGAGUUCUUACGGUUCCCUGUCAAAAAAUUGGCACAGACAAUGGAAAUAUUAAUUUCGGGGCUCGGCCACCACUUCCAAGUUCCCAUUCUGUGACUUGGUCAGCGGGUGGAAUAAUCUCAAGAAUCAAAUCAUACUCCUUCCCAAAGCCUGGCCACAGAAAGGCACCCUCAUCCCAAGGUAGCCGGCCAGAAAGUUCCGUGUUCAAUCCUUAUGAGCCAGACCGAGGACCUUGGGCCACUGAACGAGGUCCCCAGAGAGAAGCCUUGCCCAUGGACACCGAAGUGUACGAAAGCCCCUACGCAGACCCCGAAGAGAUCAGGCCAAAAGAGGUCUAUCUGGACCGAAGUCUGCUGACUCUGGAAGACAAUGAGCUUGGCUCUGGGAACUUUGGCACUGUGAAAAAGGGUUACUACAAAAUGAAAAAAGUCGUAAAAACAGUGGCCGUGAAAAUACUGAAGAACGAAGCCAACGACCCCGCUCUGAAGGACGAGCUGCUGGCGGAAGCCAACGUCAUGCAGCAGCUGGACAACCCUUACAUCGUGCGCAUGAUCGGGAUCUGCGAGGCCGAGUCCUGGAUGCUGGUGAUGGAGAUGGCGGAGCUCGGGCCUCUCAAUAAGUACCUGCAGCAGAACAGGCAUGUCAAGGAUAAGAACAUAAUAGAGCUGGUUCAUCAGGUUUCUAUGGGAAUGAAGUAUUUGGAGGAGUGCAAUUUUGUGCACCGAGAUCUGGCUGCAAGAAACGUGUUGCUGGUUACUCAACAUUAUGCCAAAAUCAGUGACUUUGGACUUUCCAAAGCACUUCGUGCUGAUGAAAACUACUACAAGGCCCAGACUCACGGGAAGUGGCCUGUGAAGUGGUACGCUCCUGAAUGCAUCAACUACUACAAGUUCUCCAGCAAAAGUGAUGUCUGGAGCUUCGGCGUGCUGAUGUGGGAAGCCUUUUCCUAUGGACAGAAGCCUUAUCGGGGAAUGAAAGGAAGUGAAGUGUCUGUUAUGCUAGAGAAGGGAGAAAGGAUGGGGUGCCCUCCAGGCUGUCCAAGAGAGAUGUACGAGCUGAUGACCCUGUGCUGGACAUACGAGGUGGAGAACAGGCCUGGAUUUGCAGCAGUGGAGCUGCGGCUGCGGAAUUACUACUACGAUGUGGUUAACUAACCGCCCUAGUUCUGUCUGUGGCUGCCUUUGAUCGCCAAACAAUCACAGGAAAAUGUACAGAAAUGAGUUGGUUUUGACUGCUUCCAUCACCCUCUGCCCGUUGUGGGGGCGAGCCUCAUGUGGAACACGCCUGGACAGCUGUAACCCAAAGCCUGCCCCAGGGCACGCCCUCCAGAAAGCAAGCACAGCUACAGAACAUCUGUGUGAAGAAAGAUGGGCAGCACGAUCAAAGGGCUGCCUGAUCUGUUCGUUUUCUUCUAUGUAUAGUUUUCAUGACAGGUUGUUUUUAGGAGCCAUUUACAGAUUCCUUUUCUGUCUUUCCAGUCCUUGGAAUCCUGUGAUGUAUUUGAAUACGAGCAGGCCCAGAGGCCUGACCAGGGACAUUCUCACCACAUGGUACGUAGCACUGCUGCACUCAGAAUUCUCAGAGCGUCCCAAGGAUGCAGCUAGAACAUGACUUGUGAAAUGCAAGAGCGGAAGGGAAGAGAAGAAAGGAACUUGGCUGCCUUCAGAAUGUGGCUUUGACAGCCCUCGUGACUGAUGCCUGGCUGCUGAAAAGCAUUCCUGAGUAUAAAAAUGCUUUGAAGUUUUUUGGUUUUUUUUUUUUUGAAUUGAGCUCAACCAGUACAUGAAGCUGGUUAAGGGGGCGGGGGGGAAGUCUGGAACCUGCUUUUGCUCUGUGUUAUGAGACAGAAGACUUAUAUCUAUGUGAAAAAUGAGGACGAUUUGAAUGAAUUAGCUUGGCAUACUUUCCCCCAGAAAUCCUCUCUCCCACAGACCAUCUUGAAGAUGCUUGUAUGUAACUAGUAAAUCAAGUUCUGUAUUGGAUACUGCAUAGGGUGGGUGGGAUGUCUGCCAUCUUGAGUCUGAGAGAGAAGGCUGGGUUUCUGGUUGUGGGUUUUUGGCAGAUUACUUCAGGCUGGUAUCUACUGAAUGUGGUCCCAAUGUCCUCUCAGAGCGUGCUGCCAAAACUCCCCCACCCCAUUUUUUCUGUACCCUUAAUGGAGAAAACAUGGUGGCUCAAGACUCCUAAAGUUGAGUUUCCAAAAGUGUGAAUUCAUGAUCAAACUACAGACCCCGACUGUCACCACAUAUAGGCCUUACUGAGUAUGUUAAGUGUGACUUUGGGUUGAAGACACAGACCUAAUAGUUCCCAUAGUCUUAGCUACUCUUUUUCUUAGUGUUUGAUCUUAUACACAUCAUCAGCCAUUGAUACUAGUAUUGCCUGUGGCCCUUGAAAAUUAAAGAGAUUACUGUGUCCAUGGAUACACAUGAACUUGGAACCAUCUCAUCUUCAGCUACACCUAAGACAUUUUCCAGUGUAUCCCCAGAUGAUGAGCAGUAGAGAAAGCCGUCCUCCUGACGGAGGGGAUCAAGGUGUGGAGAAAGGCAGCAACCGGUACCUUGACUUAGCCAAAGAAGAUACAAGUCACUUGUAGGACGUGUCCUAAGAAAUUUUUAAAAGCCACUCAAGCUUUUCGAAAUUAUGCUACCUGGUGGUUUAGUCAUUUUGUUAAAGACAGGAUGGAUCCCUGUGUGCUGAAAUUGCUGGGCAGAUGCCCUACACACUUAUAGUCCCUGAAAUUAAAAACAUAAAUGACAAAAAUCUAUGUUGGUGAGGACAUAUUCAUACUGAGAAUUGUAAAAGGAUGGGUUGGGUAUGCUGGGUUUGGGUGAAGCAGUGAUCCUCUCUGAGAAACAGGUUAUGAUGCUGAAUUCUUGGUGCCUUCCUUCUUUUAUCCCCAUGGUGUACCUGUAAUAAAAAUCACACAAUUACUGGAACAGGUAGCAGUGUAGAUAGUAAAUGUAUAGAGUUUAUACCUUCUUUGGGUGUGAUUUCCCAAACUCCUUGGCAGUAGCUCCUAUCCUGCUAGGAGUCUGGGGAUGGAAAACAUCCAGAAUGUGAGUGGAUAAGAGUGAUGAGGGGCCUCUCUCCCCUCCAGAAGGCCAACCAGGGAGGCAGGGCCCCUCUCUGUCUCAGACUGUCUCUCGGGCCUCUCCCCUUGGUAGAGCAGCUCCUGUGUGUGUAGGCUACCUUCUGUGGCCAGUGUGUGGAAGUCUUGGCCAGUGAAAAUGGUGCCUGCGGCUAUGAAUAGUCCUCCUUCCCCAUGGAUAACAAGGAGGGCAAAUAGAGAAAGGCAGGUUAACUGAAGAAGAAUUUAUAAUGGUGAAAAGGGGUAAAUUUGAAAGGUUGAGGAAAGGUUUCCAGGGCUUCUUACAGGCCAUCUAGCUUGGGCUGCUGGCACCAUCCUUCUGGAUUGUUCUAACUAGGUCUCAGUAUGGGAUCUGGGCUCAUUCUUUGUGCCUUUCACCUUUAGCAGGGAAUAAGGGAGCAUCACAGACAAGCUGACCAACAUCACAUUGAUGGUGGGUGCCACAUACCUUAUCCCCAGCGGAACCAAAGGUUUCUACUGGAAACAAUCCACUCAGCAGUUAAAGUAAUUACAUGCAUGUUUUUAAUUUGGGCGUGUCCUUCACCCACAUUUUUUGUCACCUAGCCAUGCUUUUACUUGUUAAGUGGUAUCUUCAUAUUUACAUCAGACCAAAUGACUGCAGGUGUGCCUAGAUUGCCACCUGCAGAGGUGACCACUCAGUUUUUAGGCCUCCCAGCCUCCCAGAGAAUCCACUCAGCUUCAUAGCAGUGUAUUGUAUUUCCCAUGCUUUUCAGAAGAGCUCCAUUUUGUCACUGUAUUUUUUAAAGCUAUGAUUUUUAAUAAAAUUUUAAAAUUAGCUUUGUGAUGAUUUUUAUGAAAGUUAUUGGAAUAGUUGGAUCAACAGUCAAUGCCCAUGGAAGCAGUAGUCAAGAAAUCAAACGACAUAUUGCGUUGGGAAAAUCUGUUGCAAAAGAUCUCUUUAAAGUGUUGAAAAGCAAAGAUGUCACUUUGAGGACUAAGGUAAUCCUGAUCCAAACCAUGAUAUUUCCAGUUGCCUCAUAUACAUGCAGAAGCUGUACAAUGAAUAAGGAAGACCGAAGAAGAAUUGAUGCCUUCGAAUUAUGGUGUUGGCGAAGAAUAUUUAAUAUACUAUGGAGUGCCAGAAGAACGAACAAGUCUGUCUUGGAAGAAGUACGACCAGAGUACUCCUUGGAAGAGAAGAUGACAGACUUCAUCUCACAUACUUUGGACAUAUUAUCAGGAGGGCCCUGGAGAAGAAUAUCAUGCUUAUAAGGUAGAGGGUCAGUGGAAAAGAGGAAGACCCUUAAUAAGAUGGAUUGACUCAGUGGCUGCCAUGGUGGGCUCAAACACAGCAACGAUUGUGAGAAUGCCACAGGACUGGGCAGUGGGUUGCUAUGGGUCAGAACCAACUUGACAGCACCUGACAACAACAAGGAGGUUACACUGUCAAAUGAGUGGUGUUAACCAGCAUGCACAUGUUUUUUAACAGAUUGUAUUGACAGUGUGGGGACUAGAAUUUUAUGUCCCCAGCCCUGUUCUAGAAGGACGGGUAUAUACAGGCCCCUCUCUAAGCUUCCGUGCAGCCCAGAAGGGGGCCUGUUGAGGAGACACUAGCCCUCCAGGAAUGCCCUUCUCUUCUGUUCACAAGCAAGGCACUCGGAGACUCGUGGGUGGUCGGAGAUCUAUACAGCAGUGUGCCAUACAGCCAAGUCCUACCCACAGAGGACAGGGCAAGGAAACCCCAAAAUGGGGCCAAGCAGGGAGUGGGUUGUGAUUUUUCCCUUUCCCUGUGAAGAUAGCAUAAGGAGCAUUCGGGUAGCCCCGAAAAGAAUUCUUAGUCCCAAGAUCCUUCUGUUCUGAGGGAGAUUCUUCACACACAUACAUACACGUGCACGCAUACACGACACGUGUACACUACAUACACUACAAACAUACAGACCACACACAUACAUGAACCCAUGCCACAUACACAUAUACACCACACACGAACACAUUUCUAUUACACAAUACAUAAAUGCCCACCACUCACACAUAUACUGUAUACACACGUAUACCACACACAAACACACAACCUUACUCCAAAUAACCACCUAAAUAUCAGCAUGGGGAAUUAAUGCUGCUCACAGAAGUAGCCUCAUAGGUAUGUUCAUUUCUUCCCUUCAGUCCUCACUGGCCCUGGGGGCUGGGACUUAAAGGACUCUGCCUGUCACGAAGUGUCCUUGCUAGCCCACUGGAGGCCCUCUCUUCUUUCAAGCUCGGUCAGAACUGUGAGGAGAUUAGGGGUUAGUUGGCCUAACCUCUGUUGGUAAGCUCUGAGUCCUGGGACAACACCUAGAUAGAAGAACAGACUGUGAGAACAGGCGGCAGGUGAUACUGCAGUCCGCAUGGUGAGGAGAGCAUGAGCUGGGACUAAAACCCGGGUCUCCAGCCAUCUUUGCUUGGGCAGGUCAUACAAACUCAGCCUCCAGUUUUCUUACCUUUAGAUGAGGGUCAGAGGGCCUGGCUCAGUGCUGUGGGGCCUGUAUUUUAGGAAUGUCAGUGAGACCUACCAUUGGUGCCCCAAGGCCUUAGGCUACCUCGGUGGCCAGGAAUUCUCCAGCCAGCAGAUGGCGCUAUGUCAUAGCUUAAGAAAUACAGGUAUCUUUUGGUUUCCGAUCCUAAAGCCUUACUGGGUGCCACCGAAUCUAUUUUCGACUCAUAGCAACCCCAAGUGAAACAGUAGAGCUGCCCCACAGGGUUUUCUAGGCUGUAAUAUUUAUGGGAGCAGAUCACCAGGUCUUUCUCUCACAGACACACUGGAUGGGUUCAAACUGCCAACACAGCAGAGCCCCUAACUGUCACACCACCAAGGCUCCUUGAACCUUAAACUACCAGGGCUAAACCCAUUGUGAUGAUGUCUUGUUGCAUUUGAAGUGUGAGGAUGGCAGCUUCCUUUGCUGCUCUGUUGCUGCAGCUUUUUACUAAUGUGAGUUCAAGCAGGGAGAGCUUUUAAGGCCUGUGCUUAUCUUUCCAAGAUUAGGAGGAGAAUUCCAGUAAGAAAAAAACAGCUGCUGUCAAGUCAGUUCCAACUCAUGGCAGCACAUAUGUGUCAGAGCAGAACUGUGCUCUGUGGAGUUUUCAGUGGCUGAUUUUUGGGAAGUAGAUCACCCGGCCUUUCUUUCAAGUCUCUGGGUGGACUCGAACCUGCAACCUUUCAGUUAGUAGUGGAGCAUGGUAACCAUCUGCACCACUCAGAGACUCCAGAAGGGGACUUCGGAACUGGUAAAUACACGGAUUCUCAGUUCAGGGAAGAGGGAAGCAUUUUGAAAGAACCAAAAUGAGAUUUGGGUUUUUUUCUUUGUUUGUUUUAUCUUUUAGCUCAGGUUACACCAAACCAGUAUUUCCUACCUCAGGUAGCAGUUGUCUCCUUCUCAUGGAGAACGCCUCGUGGUCUCUGGGGGGGGAAGCCAUCCCCGCUCAGGGAACACAGCCUGACUGAAUCACCACAUUGUCUCAGGUGUUAGGAGCCCAGCCAGGGCAAAGCACGCAAGGUCCUGCAUUCAUGCCCGUUCACACAUCCUCACAAGCCAGUCCAGCAGAAGAGAAGCCUGAGGAACGUUCCACAAAGUGUCUUUCAAGGGAUGUUAGUCUAGAAGACUAAAGAUUUGCUGGGCAACAGCAGGCUCCUGAUUGAAUAACUUCAGAAAACACCGAGUGUAUUCCCACCUUACUAUCACAAUGCCUAUUAGCAUAUUAAAAGCACCAAGGAGUAUUGCAACAAAAACCUUUUUAGAAUUUUUUCUUACUCAACAUUGUCCCUACUUUUUGACCACAGAACUACUGUUGUGCUCAGUGUGUAUUAGCAUGACGGUACUGGUGUUCCUCCAAUGCACUUUGGGAAACCUUACCCAACCCAGAGGUGCCUCAGAAGACAGUCCUGGGGAUCUACUUUCAAAAACUCGGCCACUGAACACCCUAUAGAGUGAAGUUUCUACUGACACACACGGGGUCACCACGAGUUGGGGUCGACUCAACAGCUGCUGAUUUACCAAACAUUAGGGAGGAAUCUCUAAACGGGAAUACUAGGCAACUGUGGAGGAGGUGAUUCUGCCCCCUGAAAUCAUGCCGAGUGAGCAGUCACCUGUUCUUAUUAGCUUAUUAAUAAGGCUGCUUAUGAAGAGCCCUGUGCAGUCAUGUUCUCAAAUGUUGAUUGUUGGCACAUCGCAUAUUCUCUCUCACACACAACACACCGGGACACAUAUAAUCACUCUUUCCUUCAAUGAAAAAAAAGAAACAACGGCAUUUCGACACAGCAGAAUAAGUUGAUGUUUCAUUACAGAGAGCUCUUCUUAAGCCCACUUCUUUAUUAUUUUGUGGUUUUAGAACAUUAACCUAGAGGAAGAAAUAAUAUGCUCCCAGAGCUGCCACCACACAUCCAGUAAGCAUCCACCAAGAUUCCAGAACCUUCUGAGCUGUGAGUCAACCCUUCCUUUAGUUUGCCUGAGCUCACUCAGCUGACCGGCUUGUCACUGCCGGGACGGCCCACUUAAGGUGAGUUAGCCAACACAGUGAUGCUCACAGCCCACGCGCGGAGGACGUUUCCAGGAGCUAUUUUUUUUAGCUCAGCGUUAUUUUACCAAAGCCAUGAGUCAUAAGACUUUAAGCUUUCACAGUCUUUGAGGUUUUUCAGUGACUCAGUUUUCCACCACUGUCCUUAAACUGUGGAACAAUGACUGAAAAAUGUAUAUUGUUCGUAAACGAUUUUUCUCUUAUUCAUAAAAAUACAGAGGCAGGGUUCUGGUCCUGCUUUAUUCUCCACAACUAUCAAACGACAUUGCAAGUUUGUAUAAAGCACUCAGGGGUGACAAGCGUGUUGAAAUACGGUGCUGUAAUUACUUCACUGCUUGGGAGCGGCUGGUUGAUUCAUUCCCUCCCCGACACGGGAGUAAAGGAGAUGCUUCUGCCCCAAGACAGAGAGAAUUUAAGCUGAGGAGAUUCAUUACAUGAAAAGGUAGUGCCCAGUUAAAGCUUAGCAAGGAACAAAUAGUAUUUUAAUAGCCCUGUUUUCUGCAAUCAAAACAUUUAGACCCUUGUUCAUUUUAGGAUUUAAAAAAAAAAAAAAAACCCAUUGCCUUUGGGUCAAU